UACUGUUCCUACAAGCACGACCCCGACCACUAAUUCAAGGAGCACUGCUGGUGUCAGCACUGUAACAUCAACUACUCCUACAAGUAAAGCCUCCACAGCUGGCUCAAGAAGCACUACUGGUGUCAGCUCCGUAACUUCAACCACUGUUCCUACAAGGACAACCUCCACCGCUGGAUCAAGAAGCACCACUGGUGUCAGCCCCGUAACAUCGACCACUGUUCGUACAAGCACAACCUCCACCACUGGAUCAAAAAGCACGACAGGUGUCAGCUCCGUAACCUCAAUUACUGCUCCUACAAGCAUGACCCCCACCGUUAAUUCGAGAAGCACUACUGGUGUCAGCACCGUAACCUCAACUAUGGCUCCUACAACCUCCACCACUGGUUCAAGAAGCACUACUGGUGUCAGCAGCGUAACAUCGACCACUGUUCCUAGAAGCACAACCUCCAUGGCUGGAUCAAGAAGCACCACUGGUAUCAGCUCCGUAACCUCAACUAUUGUUCCUACAAGCACGACCUCCAGGGCUAAUUCAAGGAGCACUACUGGUGUCAGCUCCGUACCAUCAACCACUGUUCCUACAAGGACAACCUCCACCGCUGGAUCAAGAAGCACCACUGGUGUCAGCUCCGUAAUCUCAACUACUGCUCCUAAAAGCACGACCCCCACCGUUAAUUCGAGAAGCACUACUGGUGUCAGCACCGUAACCUCAACUACAGCUCCUACAAUCUCCACCACUGGAUCAAGAAGCACUACUGGUGUCAGCUCCAUAACUUCAACCACUGUUCUUACAAGCACAACCUCCACAGCUGGAUCAAGAAGCACCACCGGUGUCAGCUCCGUAACUUCAACUACUGCUCCUACAGGCGCAACUGCCACCGCUAGUUCAAGGAGCACUGCUGGUGUCAGGGCUGCAACAGCUCCUCCAAGCACAACCUCCAUCGCUGGAUCAAGAAGCACUACUGGUGUCAGCACCGUAACAUCGACCGCUGUUCCUACAAGCACAACCUCCACCACUGGAUCGAAAAGCACGGCAGGUGUCAGCACCGUAACCUCAACUAUGGCUCCUACAACCUCCACCACUGGUUCAAGAAGCACUACUGGUGUCAGCACCGUAACAUCGACCACUGUUCCUAGAAGCACAGCCUCCAUGGCUGGAUCAAGAAGCACCACUGGUAUCAGCUCCGUAACCUCAACUACGGUUCCUACAAGCACGACCUCCAGGGCUAAUUCAAGGAGCACUGCUGGUGUCAGCACCGUAACAUCAACUACUGCGCCUACAAGUACAACCUCCCCAGCUGGAUCAAGAAGCACCACUGGUGUCAGCUCCAUAACCUCAACUAAUGUUCGCACAAGCAUGACCUCCACCACUGGAUCAAGGAGCACUACUGGUGUCAGCUCCGUACCAUCCACCACUGUUCCAACAAGCACAACCUCCACCACUGGAUCAAGAAGCACCACAGGUGUCAGCUCCGUAACCACUGUUCCUACAAGCACAACCUCCACCACUGGAUCAAGAAGCACCACUGGUAACGGUCCAUCAAGCAUUAAAAAAUAA